UGGGGCCGGCCAUGGUCAUGGAGGUGGGCACGCUUGACGCCGGAGGCCUGCGGGCGCUGCUGCGGGAGCGCGCGGCGCAGUGCCUGCUGCUGGACUGCCGCUCCUUCUUCGCGUUCAAUGCCGGCCACAUCGCCGGCUCCGUCAACGUGCGCUUUAGCACCAUCGUGCGGCGCCGUGCCAAGGGCGCCAUGGGCCUGGAACACAUCGUGCCCAACGCCGAGCUUCGCGGCCGCUUGCUGGCUGGCUCCUACCACGCCGUGGUUCUGCUGGACGAACGCAGCGUCGCUGUGGACGGCGCCAAGCGCGACAGCACCUUGGCCCUGACUGCCCUGAUCAAUGUUUCGGCCAAUUGCCCCAACCACUUUGAGGGCCACUACCAGUACAAGAGCAUUCCUGUGGAGGACAACCACAAGGCGGACAUCAGCUCCUGGUUCAACGAGGCCAUAGACUUCAUAGAUUCCAUCAAGAAUGCAGGGGGAAGGGUGUUUGUCCACUGCCAGGCGGGCAUUUCCCGGUCAGCCACCAUCUGCCUCGCUUACCUCAUGAGGACUAACCGGGUGAAGCUGGAUGAGGCCUUUGAGUUCGUGAAGCAGAGGCGAAGCAUCAUCUCCCCCAAUUUCAGCUUCAUGGGCCAGCUGCUGCAGUUCGAGUCCCAGGUGCUGGCCCCGCACUGCUCCGCCGAGGCCGGGAGCCCUGCCAUGGCUGUGCUAGACCGGGGCACCUCUACCACCACCGUCUUCAACUUCCCCGUCUCCAUCCCUGUCCACUCCACGAACAGUGCCCUCAGCUACCUUCAGAGCCCCAUCACCACCUCCCCCAGCUGCUGAAAGGCCCUGGAGGUGAGGAGAUUCCAUCCCUCCAGGACCACAGGCUCUUCCUCCAGAAGAGAGGCAGUAACUCCAGAGAUGGGCUUGUGGGUGCUGGUCCUUAUUUAUUUAAUUUCACCCAAGUUCCCUGGGUUCUGAGCAGUUGCCAUGGUGACAGCGUCAAGACAUUUGCUGAACUCAGCACAUUGCGGACCAAUACGCAGUGGGUACAUCAAGUCCCUCUGACAAAAUGGGGCAGAAGAGAAAGGACUCUGUGUGUGAGCUGCUUUCUCUUUGCUUGCUUCCGUUUUUUCUAGAAACUUGAUGCUUGACAUACCUACCAGUAUUACCAUUCCCGAUGACAUAUAUGUAUGAGAAUAUACCUUAUUUAUUUUCCCGUAGGCGGUCUGCCUUCACAAAUGUGUCUACUCCUAGAAGAACCAAAUACCUCAAUUUUUGUGUUCAGUACUGUACUAUCUUGUAAAUAGAUCUGAGCAGGUCUGUUCUCACCACUGGUGGAAAACACCAGUGUUGGUUUAUUUAGUUGCCAACAGUUGUGUGUUUGCUGGUUAUUUAUGACCUGAAAUAAUAUAUUCCUUCUUCUAAGAAGACAUUUUGUUAUAUAAGGAUGAAUUUUUUUAUACAACAGAAUAAAUUAUGUGAUUUCUA